GCCGCCGACCGGCGCGACCUCCCGGGUGGAGGCGGGAGCGCAGAGUGCGCGCGGCGUCGCGGCCGCUGCCGGGAACGGGGCCCUAGGACGGCGAGUGACUCCGGCGGUUCGGUGCGCGCAGGAGGUUCCGAAGGAAGACUGGAGAUGUCCUGGCUGUGUCGCCUCCUGCUCCAGUACCUGUUCCCGGCCCUUGCGCUGCACGGGCUGGCCGAGGGGUCUGCUCUCCUUCAUCCAGACAGCAGAUCCCAUCCUAGGUCCUUAGAGAAAAGUGCCUGGAGGGCUUUCAAGGAGUCACAGUGCCAUCACAUGCUCAAACAUCUCCACAAUGGUGCCAGGAUCACUGUGCAGAUGCCACCAGCCAUCGAGGGCCACUGGGUGUCCACUGGCUGUGAGGUGAGGCCAGGCCCAGAGUUCCUCACAAGGUCCUACAGAUUCUACCACAACAACACCUUCAAGGCCUACCAGUUCUACUACAGCGGCAACCGCUGCACCAGCCCCACGCACACCCUCGUCGUCCGGGGCAAGAUCCGCCUGCGCCAGGCCUCCUGGAUCAUCCGUGGGGGCACCGAGGCCGACUACCAGCUGCACAAUGUGCAGGUCGUAUGCCACACGGAGGCAGUAGCCGAGAAGCUCUGCCAGCUGGUGAACCGCACGUGCCCCGGCUUCGUCCUCACGGGGGGUGCCUGGGUGCAGGAUGUGGCCUACGACCUGUGGCGGGAAGAGAACGGCUGUGAGUGCACCAAAGCUGUCAACUUCGCCAUGCAUGAGCUGCAGCUCAUCCGGGUGGAGAAGCAGCACCCACUGCACGACCUGGACCGCCUGGUGGAGGAGCUCUUCCUCGGCGACAUCCAUACAGAUGCCUUGCAGAGGAUGUUCUACCGUCCGUCCAGCUACCAGCCACCGCUGCAGAACGCCAAGAACCACGAUCACGCCUGCAUCGCCUGCCGCAUCAUCCACCGGUCGGAUGAGCACCGCCCGCCACUCCUGCCCCCCAAGGCCGACCUGACUGUGGGCCUGCACGGCGAGUGGGUGAGCCAGCGCUGUGAGGUGCGGCCCGAGGUUCUCUUCCUCACCCGCCACUUCAUCUUCCACGACAACAAUAACACCUGGGAAGGGCAUUACUACCACUACUCUGACCCCAUCUGCAAGCACCCCACCUUCACCAUCUACGCCAAGGGCCGCUACAGCCGGGGCGUGCACUCCUCCAGGGUCCUGGGAGGAACAGAGUUUGUGUUCAAAGUGAAUCACAUGAAGGUCACCCCCAUGGACGCGGCCACAGCCUCCCUCCUCAAUGUCUUCAGCGGCAAUGAAUGUGGGGCUGAGGGCUCCUGGCAAGUGGGCAUCCAGCAGGAUGUGACCCACACCAACGGCUGUGUGGCGCUAGGAAUCAAACUACCUCACACGGAAUAUGAGAUCUUCAAAAUGGAGCAGGAUGCCCGCGGCCGCUACCUGCUGUUCAAUGGCCAGAGGCCCAGUGAUGGGUCCAGUCCUGACAGGCCAGACAAGAGAGCCACGUCCUACCAGAUGCCCUUGGUCCAGUGCGCUUCUUCUGCUCCCAGAGCUGAGGACUUCUCCGAAGACCACAGGGGGCGCCAGUAUGGGAGCCAGGCACCUGGGAGGAGUGCUUGUUCCCUGCUCCUUGUGCUCACCUGUCUUCUGGCUCUGCUGCACUGGAACACUCUCCGAUAGAAGCUUUUACAAAACUUAUAUUUUUCCAAACCAGGAUUCCUUACAAUUGACAGAUUUUUCUUUGCAAAAAGAAAAGACACUUCUAGUUCUGAUGCACUUGAAUGCCUGAGAACUGGCGUUCCUUUUCUCCGGCCUCACCCCUCUCUCGCAGCCUGAGUCAUGAGCAGAGCUGUUUGAAGUUUCUGCUUUGAACUCCGUCCAGUCGGGUGGCUGGCCGGGAUGCCUUCACAACAGUAAUUGCACUGUAAGACCGCAGAGAGUUUCGGGCUAGGGUGUUUGUCAGAGGGAGCAGGGUGAAAGCUAGAUCCUCUUCUUUUCUUCUUCUUAAUUAUUUUUAUAUUUCUGAAUUGAGCUUAGAAGACAGGACUAUCAAGCUACAGUUUUUCCUGCCACUAUUUGCUUCCUGUCCUCCUUUGGGAUUGUUUUACUCUCUGACUUUCACAACCUGGAAUUUGUGCAGAGCUGGUUUGGAAUGGCAAUCAAGAUACUUUUAUUAAUAAAAAAGAGACUUGUGUGUAGAUAUGUACAUAGGAAAGACACAGGGUUUAGCUUUUGACAACCUUGGCAGCCUUUCUGCAAAAAAAAAGCAGAAAUUCCAAGCUUUCAAAUAUGGAGUGGAGAAGUAUCUGUAAUUAAAACUUCAAAGUAAUUUAAGCUAUUGUUUUAACUUGUUGGGGGCAGAGACACUGGUUUUAUGUGGGUUUCUGGAUGGUUGUGGAAUGCAUGAUGCUUUCUUACUUGCCCAGUAGACAAGGGCUGUCAAGCAAAUACCUAAGCAGUCCUGUCACCAGACAGCAGCAGGGAUGCACAGGCUGGGAACAGUGUAUUAAAUGCUACGUGAAUGAUAAAA